CCAGGCGGAGAGCGCCGAUUGGUCUGGAGGGGACGUCGUGCAACGUGCGGACGAGAGGUUAAUCCUCGACGAGGCUGGGUCUUUCUGGAGCGAGCUUGGCUGAAUUCUUCGGUGGCUGCCCCCUCUUUUGAAGAUGGUCAAACUGGACAUGCAUAUUUUGGCCCACCACCUCAAACAGGAGCGGCUCUACGUGAACUCCGAAAAGCAGCUGAUCCAGCGGCUGAAUGCCGAGGUGCUGAAGACAGCCGAGAAGCUUUACCACACCGCUUGGAUCUCCAAGCAGCAGAGGAUCAACUUGGACCGCUUGAUUAUCACAAGCGCGGAUGCCUCCCCGGCGGAAUGCUGCCAGCACGCCAAAGUGUUGGAAGACACGCAGUUUGUGGAUGGCUACAAGCAGCUGGGCUUCCAAGAGACGGCCUACGGGGAAUUCCUCAAUCGGUUGCGCGAGAAUCCCCGCCUCAUUGCGUCCUGCCUGGUGGCGGGCGAGAAGCUCAACCAGGAGAACAUCCAGAACGUCAUCCACACGGUCUUCACCUCCAUCUACGGCAACUGCAUCAUGCCGGAAGACGAGAACUUUCUUCUGCAGGUCUUGCGCUACCUGGUCGAGUUUGAGCUGAAGGAGAGCGACAACCCUCGGCGGCUCUUGAGGAGGGGCACCUGCGCCUUCAGCGUCCUCUUCAAGCUCUUCUCUGAGGGCCUCUUCUCCGCCAAGCUCUUCCUGACGGCCACCUUGCACGAGCCCAUCAUGCAGCUGCUGGUGGAGGACGAGGACCACCUGGAGACCGACCCCCACAAGCUGACCGAGCGCUUCUCGCCCGCCCAGCAGGAGAAGCUCUUUGGGGAAAAGGGCUCCGAGAAGUUCCGGCAGAAGGUUCAGGAGAUGGUGGACUCCAACGAGGCCAAGCUGGUGGCCCUGGUCAACAAGUUCAUCGGCUACCUCAAGCAGAACACCUACUGCUUCCCGCACAGCUUGCGCUGGAUCAUGUCCCAGAUGUACAAAACGCUCUCCUGCGUGGAGCGGCUGGAGGUGGGGGAAGUGAGGGCCAUGUGCACCGACCUGCUCUUGGCCUGCUUCAUUUGCCCGGCGGUGGUCAACCCGGAACAGUAUGGGAUUAUUUCGGAUGCACCAAUCAACGAAGUGGCAAGGUUUAAUCUGAUGCAGGUCGGGAGGCUUCUGCAGCAACUGGCUAUGUUUGGCUCUGAAGACGGGGAUCCCCGCACCAAGGCCAGCCUGGGGAAAUUUGACAAGGGCUGUGUGGCUUCGUUCCUGGAUGUCGUCAUCGGUGGCCGGGCGGUUGAAACCCCUCCGAUGUCUUCAGUUAAUCUCCUGGAAGGGCUGAGUCGAACCGUGGUUUAUAUGACCUAUAGCCAGCUUACCACACUGGUUAGCUUCAUGCGGAAUGUCAUGUCUGGCGACCAGCUCAAGGAAGAUCGAGUGUCUCUGGAGAACCUGCUCUUAAAUCUACCCCAGAACAAGCCAGGGAAAAGUGGGAGCCUGGAGCUGACGCCUUACAACACCCCGCAACUCUCGCCGGCAACCACUCCCGCCAGCAAAAAAAAUCGACUGGCUAUAGGACAACAAUUGGCAACCAUCACUGCCUGGGAUACGUCUGCUACCAACCUCACAGCUCAUAUAAAUCUCGUAACCCCUUUUGCCACUCGCAGCAGGAGCCGUUCCAACAUGCAGAUGGACCAACAUCCAGAUUACGAGGGGGUCUCCCAAGAGACCAUCCAGGAAGUCCAGCCCGAAGAAGUUUUGGUCAUUUCUCUCGGGACAGGUCCCCAAAUCACGCCUGGAAUGAUGUCAGAAAAUGAGGUUUUGAACAUGCAGCUGGCUGAUGGGGGUCCAGGCGACGUUCCGGUCGACGAUUCCAAACUCCACGGUAAACCUGAUAAAACCCUGCGGUUUUCCCUCUGCAGUGAUAAUCUGGAAGGCAUUUCCGAAGGCCCUUCUAAUCGCUCCAAUUCGGUGUCCUCGCUGGAUUUAGAAGGGGAAUCCGUUUCCGAAUCGGGGGCUGGACCGUCAGGAAGCAACGGGGUUGAAGCCUUGCAGCUUCUGGAGCGUGAACAAGCUACCACCCAGGACAAUCUGGACGAUAAACUCCGUAAAUUUGAGAUCCGCGACAUGAUGGGCUUGACCGAAGACCGGGACAUCUCGGAAACCGUGAGCGAGACCUGGAGCACGGACGUGCUGGGAAGCGACUUCGACCCGAAUAUGGAUGAAGACCGUUUACAGGAGAUAACAGGGGCUGCAGCCGAAAACGUCUUGGGCAGCCUGCUAUGUUUGCCUGGAUCCGGCUCGGUGCUGUUUGAUCCCUGCACGGGCUCCACCAUCUCAGAAACCACCAGCGAAGCUUGGAGCAUUGAGGUCCUCCCCAGCGAUUCAGGUGAAGGAUCCCCAAUAGAAGCUCCAGACCUGAAACAGGAGGAAAGGCUGCAAGAAUUAGAAAGUUGCUCCGGUGUUGGAAGCGCCUCCGAUGACACCGACGUCAGAGAAGUCAGUUCCCGGCCCAGCACACCUGGCCUCAGUGUUGUGUCCGGUAUCAGCGCCACGUCCGAAGACAUCCCGAACAAGAUAGAGGACCUCCGAUCCGAAUGCAGCUCCGACUUUGGUGGCAAAGAUUCAGUCACCAGCCCGGAUAUGGACGAAACGGUGCACGGUGCCAGCCACUUGACCUCGCCUCCUUGCCAGGCGGAUACCCUUCUCGCCAUGUUUGACCCCUUGGUUUCUCACGAAGUGGUCAGGCCCAAAGUCCACUACGCCCGGCCGUCUCACCCGCCACCAGAUCCCCCGAUCUUGGAAGGGACCCUGGGCGGCAGCGACGCCAGGCUGCCCAGCUUCGCCUCCCACACGGCCAUGCUUUUCGAUUCGGAGGCCUUCAAGCAGCGCUACUCCUAUCCCGAAAGGCUCGUGCGGAGCCGGAGUUCUGACAUUGUCUCGUCCGCCCGGAGGCCCAUGAGCGAUCCCGGCUGGAACAGGCGAGCGGGAACUGAGGAACGGGACCUUUUGGGGCCCGGGAGCAACGUCGGAGGGGUGCCGAUGGUUCCCGGACCGCAGUCUUCCUCUUCAUCUCCGAGCAAAGAUUUCUGCAGGGGAGAGAUUGAAGACCGAAAAGACAGCGAUGAUGAGAAGUCCGACCGAAACAGACCCUGGUGGAGGAAACGUUUUGUUUCAGCCAUGCCCAAAGCUCCAAUUCCGUUUAGGAAAAAGGAAAAACAAGACAAAGAGAAGGAUGACUUCAUCCCGGAUCGAUUUCCUUCCCUUCAAGACGACCCCGGUCCUCGGCUGAGCAGCCAAGCCCAGGCAGCUGAAGAUAUUCUCGACAAGUACAGGAACGCCAUCAAGCGUGCCAGCCCUAGCGAGGGGGCCGUUGUAAAUUACGACAGCGCCGAAGCCAUCGGAGACAGCGAGAGCAUCCACGACGCCUUGCAAAACAUGUCGGCCGACGAUCUCCCCGAUUCAGCCAGCCAGGCAGCUCAGCCUCAAGACUCCACUUUCUCCUACAGGGAUGCAAAGAAGAAGCUGCGUCUCGCGCUCUGCUCCGCUGACUCCGUCGCUUUCCCCAUGUUGUCCCAUUCCACGCGGAACGGCCUUCCUGAUCACACAGACCCAGAAGACAACGAAAUCGUCUGCUUCCUCAAAGUCCAGCUGGCCGAAGCCAUCAACCUCCAGGACAAGAACUUGAUGGCCCAGCUUCAGGAGACCAUGCGUUGCGUGGGGCGCUUCGACAACCGGACUUGCCGGAAAUUGCUGGCCUCCAUCGCCGAGGAUUACAGGAAACGGGCGCCUUACUUCACCUACCUGACCCGGUGUCGCCAGGGCCUCCAGACCACCCAGGCCCACCUGGAACGGCUGCUGCAGCGCGUCCUGAGGGACAAGGAGGUGGCCAACCACUACUUCACCACCGUGUGCGUCCGCCUCUUGCUGGAGAGCAAAGAAUCCAAGAUCAGAGAGUUCAUUCAGGAUUUCCAGAAGCUGACGGCAGCGGACGACAAAACGGCCCAGGUGGAAGACUUCCUCCAGUUCCUGUACGGGGCGAUGGCCCAGGAUGUCAUCUGGCAGAACGCCAGCGAGGAGCAGCUGCAGGACGCCCAGCUGGUGAUCGAGCGCAGCGUCAUGAAUCGCCUCUUCAAGCUGGCCUUUUACCCCAAUCAGGACGGAGACAUCCUGCGGGAUCAGCUUCUUCACGACCACAUCCAAAGACUGUCGAAAGUGGUGACGGCCAACCACAAAGCCCUCCAGAUCCCAGAGGUCUACCUGCGGGAAGCCCCCUGGCCGUCGGCCCAGGCCGAGAUCCGGACCAUCAGCGCCUACAAGACUCCCCGAGACAAGCUGCAGUGUGUCUUGAGGAUGUGCUCCACCAUCAUGAACCUGUUGAGCUUGGCCAACGAGGACUCGGUUCCCGGUGCGGACGAUUUUGUCCCGGUGCUCGUUUUUGUCCUCAUCAAGGCCAACCCUCCCUGCCUCUUGUCCACCCUCCAGUACAUCAGCAACUUUUACGCCAACUCUUUAACUGGGGAGGAGUCGUACUGGUGGAUGCAGUUCACCGCAGCCGUGGAAUUCAUCAAGACCAUUGACGAGCGGAAAUGAUCCCCCCAGCGGCCACGUUUCUGCCACGUGGAAGCUCCUCACGAAUGUAUUCUCCUGGGCCGGAGAGAUUCCCCCCCGCAGCAGCCAUGAAAACGAAGCCUAGUUUUCUGUCUGUAAAUACGGUAUUAAUCCGACUAAUUCUAAUAAGGGGCUACGGAGCGUGGAUGUCUUUCUCUCUUUUUUUGUAUCCGAAAGAUUUUCACCCUCCUGCUUUUUUGUUUAGGAACUAGCACUGUGUCCACCCAGAUUCCAAAGGGACCAUGUUUUAAGGAAUCCUGGAAUCUCCCAAGACCUCUUUCUCUCUCUUUCUUUUUUUCUUUUUUUUCUUUCCUUUUUUUUUUCCAGUUGUCAUUGGGAAUCUCAACUGACAAAUGGCUUUAUUUUCUUGGAAUAAUUUUUAGUUCACCUGUUUUUCUUUUCUCGAAUAAUUAAAAAAACAACGCCCCACAAUAUUUUUUUUUUAAUUUGUAAACUGGGCUAGGAAUGAAGAAGGCAGAUGUUUUUUAACCGUCUUUUAUUCACAUUAAUAUUCUGUGAUGGGGGAUGGAGGGAGGGACGACAAGAAGACCACAGCCACAGGAAAGAGUUUGCAGGAUGCCAAUGGCGAAAAGGAUUUUUUUUUAAAAAAAAAAACCCAUGAUCAAAUAGCACGGAUGAAACUCUUUUGUUGUCGAUGAUGGUGAGAACGCCACCUCUCUGGCGACGCACGGAUUCGACCUGGACCCAUUCUCCAGAAAACUGCUGUGACUUUUCCCUUCCUUUUGGAGAGAGGGGGAAUGGCCAAAGCCUCAGUAUUUAUUAAAAAUGUGAGAGGUUACUAAAAACUGGAUGGUUUUUUUUUUUUUGUUUAAUCAGUUCUCACUAGUUUUUUUUUUUUUUUCCAUACGAAAUUUGACAGGGCAUUUAGUAUUUGUCUGUUGCACAAGAUAGGAAGUUAGAAACAAAAGGGAUUUUGGGAAAGAGACGGGAAGUUAAAAACAAAAGGGAUUGUGUGAAAGAGUGGAGAUAUAUAUACACAUACACCUGUGCUUUUUCCUUCUGGAAGACUGUGUAUACUGUACAAAUCCCAAAUGAAUUCCCCCCUCCCCAUGAACCAGAAACUGUAAUAUAUAUUUUGAUUAUUCAUAUUAAAAAGAAACAUACUGCAGGUGUUCGGGUGAAGCCUUUAA